AUAGAUGAAAAGGAAAGCAGAAAUAGCUCUUUCACUGCACUUUCCAUAGACAGGACAGUACAUAUCACGACCUUUGUGACUUUGGAUGGAAGUGGAUAAUAACCGGACGGGAACAUCUUUCCCGCCUAAGUAUAGCGCUCUGUCACACAGCGACAUAACUAAUAACAGCAAUAAUCAUAAUCAUGAUAAAUAAAUAAUUUUGAGAUUUUUUAUUAUUGUUUUAAUUGAGUUCAUGGUAUGUGUAAUUUAUACCCCACUUAAUUUACUCAUAUUGUCAGCUUAUUUUUGACAUUUCGAUUCUCCUAUAUAUACUGUAACUUUUGAAGGACAGGGACAUUGUGUUGUUGUGCCCGAGAAAGACCAUGCUCCUGUUUAUUUUCGCUUUGGCCAUUUGCGGCAUCUCUGUAAAAGGGGAAUGUGAAGAGGUCUAUUUAGCACAUGGACUCUGGAACUGCAAUUCGCAAAUACGGGACAGUGGGACUACGGGCGACUUGAAUAAAGAACAGUGUUCGACUUUCAGCCAAGAAUUGACAUGUAAACUGGUUGUACUUGAGGAGUGCGUAGACUCGCCAAAGACGACGUAUUACGGUAUUCCACUGAACGACUUGAGAGCCUCAUUGGAGAGACAACUGAUAAACCUGAACGCAAAGUGUGCCCGGUUUAUGAACUAACGCACAGCAAAGAAUUAAAUUCCAGGAUGAUUUCUUUAAAACUCAACCAGAUUUAAGGAUUAACUCCAUAAACUUGAAAACUGUGGCAUAACAGGAAAUGCACUAAGUUGGAUUAAAUAUUAUAUAUCAAACAGAAAGCAACGAGUCAUCGUAAAUGGUAAUAAAUGCAGGCACUUUAAUGGCCGGAGUACCUCAAGGCUCAGUAUUAGGACCAUUAUUAUUUUUAAUUUAUAUUAGUGAUAUUGCAGAUAACCUAGACUAAAAAAAAUGUAGUGCUGGGGUGUCGUUAAACAUUCAUUCAUUCAUUGAUGUACAAGGUGGUGUUUACUCUUGAAAUUAAAAGAAAGAGGUCAGUAAACAGGUUAUUUGCGCACUUUAUUGGAACAGACUAUAAAACAGUUUGGUCAACGUGUCAAUUCCAUUGCUGUUGCAAUAUGUGAGGGACAGUCUCUGAUGGCGGUUUACCCCUAUCCCUCUCCAAAACAAAAUAUUUGUAGACAUUUCUAAGUAACUUUUGAGCAAAACUCUCAAGAAGCAUUCUGAGUGUCUGAUCGAUUAUACCGGUAUUAAAGGUGCUAUCUCAAAGUUGCAUAUGACAGCUAUUGCAAAUCAUUUUUUAAAAUUAAAUUUUGCCAUAAAUAAUUUUAACAAAAUAAUGUUUGUA